AAACCUAUACUGUAAGAGAGGCUAGGAUUCAUCUAAGGAGGAUAAAAGACCUUUUGAGCACAACAUUUGAGGCAAAUGCACAUUCUGCAGUUGACAAUCUUUCCCUAUCAUUUUUGUCCUCUAUUGCUGGCGUUGAUGUUGAAGAGGAAGCGCUAAAAAUUAAAGGACAAACUCAAGAAACCAUGAGUACAGAGGAGUGUAUGCCACCUGGUCAUGUGUUUGGAUCGGAUGAGGUCUUGCCUAUGCUUGAGCCUCUUUAUCCAAAAUAUACUCAUCCAAAGGUUCCAUGCUGUGUUAAAGUACUUGCACCAAGCAGUUGGAAUCCUCCACCAGGAUACAGAAAGUUAGCAGGGGAUUUAUUAUAUAUUGAUAUAACAACACUGGAGGAAAACCAGGUAGUUGUCACAGCAUCAACUACUGGAUUUUAUGUCAACAAGACAGAUAGUGCAGUAUUUAAUCCUCAYCCAAGUACUGAACCAUGCCAUUCUCACACACUUGUUGGACUUUUAAAUCAGUUUAGUCCCCUUUUCAAAAAGAACUUUGCUUCUUUACAAAAAUCAAGUUUUCCCAUGGGCUGUGCCAAAAACAGAACAUACAGCUGAUAUGUUGAGAUCAGAAGAUGCUGCAUCAAUCAGAAUUGGCUAUGAGGAGCACAUGCCAGGACAGCUUCGUGAUUGGAAUGAGGAGCUGCAGUCCGCAAGAGAACUUCCUCAUGACACCAUGCAGCAACGGCUAUUACGGGAGAGAGCCUUAUUUAAGAUCACAAGUGAUUUUGUUUCUGCUGCAACCAAAGGAGCCAUGACUGUUGUUGAUGGGAAUGUCAUGGCCAUAAAUCCAGGUGAAGAUGAAAAAAAGAGAAUGUUCCUGUGGAAUAACAUCUUUUUUAGUUUUGCUUUUGACAGUAGAGAGCACUACAGCGACAUGGGAGGUGAUGAUGCAGCCCAUGCUGCUGCAAAUGGUGAUAUGAUGGGAGUUAUGGCAUACAAUAGAAUUGAUACCAAGGGAUUAUUCACUCUUGGAACAGUUGUUGUUGAUUAUAGAGGUUACAGAGUUAUAGCACAGUCUAUCAUUCCAGGUAUUCUCCAGAGAGAGCAAGAACAAAGUGUUGUUUAUGGAUCUAUUGAUUCUGGUAAAAAUAUUGCCAGUCACAAGAAAUUUGUUGAACUUCUUGAAAAAGCUGGAAGAUUAUUGCAUAUAAGACCUCAUAUGGUUUUAGGAAACAACAGUGAAGAAGUAGAAAUCUGCUCAUCUAUUGAAUGCAAGGGCAUAAUUGGUGCUGAUGGACGCCACUACAUUCUCGACUUAUUUAGAACAUUCCCUCCUGAUGCUAACUUCUCUGGUGGAAAUGAAAAUUCAACUGCUGUUUAUCCUCGUUCUUACAAACACAAACUGUGUUGUCUACGGCCUGAGCUGAUUGAAUCUUUUAUAGCGUAUUCUUAUGUUGUGUUUUUAAAGCUUGUGGCAUCACAUAUAUCUACAAAAGCUAAGACUGAAGGAAGGGAGAAUAAUCAAGCAGAAUUGAAAAAGAAAAACAAGACAGCUGAUACAGUUAACUCAAAGGAUAAAGUGAAAGAAUGUGGCAAUGCACAGGCRGAUAAAAGUGAACAGCCUCAUGAAACAGCACCAAAAACUAAUGCACCAAAAAUAAUAACUCAAGAUACUCAUUUAGAAGCUUUCAAGGCAGCUGCUACUGCUGUAGGAUCUUUAUCAGAAACAGAAUUUGAUUUGAGGUUUAAUCCAGACAUUAAUACUGAGGAAGUAAGACAUGGACCCUCAGAGGUCAAAGCACUAAGUGUUGAUAGGAAACUUGUUAAAGAUGCUUCCAAUUAUCUACUGGAUACUGCAGUUGUUAAAAUGGUUGAAGACUUCAUUAACCUCGAGCAAACACCUAUAGAUGGAUCCCAGCUCAUUGACAUCCUUCAUAACAGAGGUAUAAAUGUAAGAUAUAUUGGUACUAUCUGUGGAAUUGUGUCAACAAGACCUGAUCUGGACCAUGUUUUUAAAAUCUGUAUUUUAGAAAUGAUAGCGAGAACUGCCAAGCAGCUAUUACGUGUACAUAUGCAAAAUUGUAAGUAUUUAAUACCUUAUAUUAUGCAUAUAUCGUACAACCCAGAUUCUAGGCCUUUGGGUAUGGUCUCGAACCAGAGCCUUCACUUUUCUGUUUUUAUUAAAAAGAAGAAAACCAAAAAGAAGUCUUCAAGCAAACCACAAUUAUCMAAUAGCAUUCAAGCUGCAACUUGGGCCUCUCUAACUCCUGAUGAUCUUUGGAGGACCAUUGUGUCUGAUAUUAAGUCCAACUUUGGCUAUGACUUGCUGUGUGACAAUUGUGAUGCCGCUGUGGCAAGAUAUGGCAUUCAGAAAAUUUCAUUAUUGAGGUCUUUGUGCAUUAAAACUGGGGUACAAAUUCUUCUUCGUGAAUAUGACUUUAAUAGUACAAAGCAUCCCACUUUUAAAGAGGAGGACAUAAUGAAUUUGUUCCCUAUUGUUAAACAUACAAAUCCCAAGGUAACCCCUUAUUCUAAAAUUGUUAUUGCCAAAUUGUAUGACAGAGUAUACAUGUAACUUUUAUUGGUUAAG